AUGGCCAAGAUGUGGCAGAACUUAGCUUUGAUUGGCAAGAAAAGGAUUUCCACAACAAGAACCAAUGCAGUUUCUGCUGCUAAUAGAGGCCAUUUUGUGAUCUACCCAAAUGACCAGAGGCGUUUUGCGAUGCCAUUGCUACUAAAGAUGUCCGAAGAUGAGGAUGGAAUAUCUGGUGAUGGGCCUAGUGUUUCCAUACACUGUACUGGGGUAACUUCAUUGAAGGCAUUGUCUCUUGCAAAUAUAAUCAACUCACGUCCAUUGUUUCUACACAACACAACAAUAGCAUAUACUACUCUUUAA